AAGUCACUGUCAGACGAAACCAGCGCGACGCGUCUUCUCCACCUCCUCAUCCUCCUCCUCCCGCGCAAAAACAAAAAAAAAGUGCCAAGACGGUGCCAGACAUGGAGAGGUCGGUCAGGUUUGCCGUGGUGUGCGUCGGCGUCUCUCUGCUCAUCUCCUGCCAUUCGGUCGAAGCCUGGUACAAGCAGUCCACCGGGCCCAGCUACUACUCGGUGGGUCGCGCCUCCGGGCUGCUGUCUGGCAUCAGGAGGUCACCGUACGUCCGGAGGUCCGACUCCGAGGAGACGCAGGCGGACAGCGGGGAGACUGUCGGGAACAACGUGAUCGCGGACGCCAACAGGCAGAUCUCUAUCCUCAAAAGCAUGGCCAUCUGCGUGAAGGACAUCUCUCCAAACCUGAAGAGCUGCGAGCUGCUGCGGGACGGAACGGGCACCUUCCAGUGCAAAGCGGACGUCUUCCUCACGCUGGACUCGCUGGACUGCCUGUCCGCGUGAGUCCCCGCGGCCGUGCGCGGAGCCGAGUCUCCGUCCUCCUCCAAGAAGUCCCGGGAGCGCGACUCCGGAGAGAA